AUGGGUGACUGGAACCUGCUGGGCAGCAUCCUAGAAGAGGUCCAUAUACAUUCCACCAUUGUGGGAAAGAUCUGGCUUACUAUACUCUUCAUCUUUCGCAUGCUUAUUCUGGGAGCAGCUGCUGAGGAUGUAUGGGAUGAUGAGCAAUCAGAGUUCGUCUGCAAUACUGACCAACCAGGCUGUAAGGCAGUCUGCUACGAUCGUGCUUUCCCCAUUUCACUAAUUCGCUUCUGGGUCUUACAAGUGAUUUUUGUGUCUGCACCUUCACUUGUCUACAUGGGCCAUGCUCUUUACUGCAUUCGUUCAUUGGAGAAGGAACGUCACCGACGACGGGCCCAGCUAAAGGAGGAGCUUGAUGAGGCUGAGUUGGCGUUGGAUGAACAAAAGCGGGUGGAAAGAGAGCUGAGGAGAUUGGAAGAGCAGAAGAAGGUGAAGAAGGCACCUCUGAGAGGCUCUCUAUUGAGAACAUACAUCAUCCAUAUCCUUACACGCUCCGUGGUGGAAAUCUGCUUCAUCCUGGGCCAGUAUAUACUAUAUGGUGUCCAGCUGGAGCCUCUCUAUAAGUGUGAGAGACUGCCUUGCCCCAACAGCGUAGACUGUUACAUCUCUAGGCCCACAGAGAAGACGAUAUUUAUGGUCUUCAUGAUUGCUAUCGCUGGUGUCUCACUUUUCCUAAACAUUCUAGAAAUAUCCCACUUAGGUAUCAGGAAAAUCAAACAGGUGUUGUAUGCAGAGAGGUACACAGAAGAUGACAGUUUGAUUUACAGGUCCAAGAGGAAGUCAUCCUUACCACAUCUCUGUGUAACAAGCAAUGUAUCACCUCACGAUGGGCCUUUGACUCAAACCUUCAAAGUGAUUCCAGGGGCGGACCUGAAACCGAGUCAUUACAACAGUGGGCUCAAAGCCAACCAGGACACACCAAGACACAACAGCUUGGCUCAUGUGGGGCACAGUCAAACCAUCUAUAUCUAUCCCCAAGCAAGGAAUCCACCCACAUCUGCCCUGAGCUGUGCAAUCCAAGCUCCCCAAACCAGUGAGGGAUCUGCAGUCCCCACAAACCUGGACCUCAAUCAAGCCUGGAUCCCUGUCAUGUCCACUGCAGAUGCUAAUGAAACAAGCCACAAGGACACUCAUGAGGAAGACCAUCCUCACCCCAGCCAUUUGGAAGCUCUGCUGGCCAGUAGCAACGUCAGGCCCAGAGCUAUCACAAAUCUUAAUGAAAAUGAAAGAAGGGAGUCAGUGGGGAGCGAGUUCCUGAUCCCCAACACUAGGAAGACUAGCUUUAUGAUCAGGCCACCAUCUGAGAGCUUGUCAUCCAUGACUGGCUCCACAAGUCCCUCCUUACAUACAUCAGAAGAGUCAGAUGAACUGGGGUCCUUGCAGGGAGACAUGCCGAUGAUGCCACCAGCCGGAGGCCGAAGAAUGUCAAUGGCAAGUAAACAGCAGUCUCAUGUCCCUAAAUAA